AUGUCCGCAUCAACGGGGGCCAGUUCAGUGCCGAGUUUGUCGACGCCGGAGCGGACACCGGACACCGCAGGUGACGCUAAUGGGCACACUCUGAGGGAUGAAGAGCAGAGGCUGCGGGUCCUCCCUUCACUGAGGCCCAGUGGCAGGCUGGAGGCGGUCCAGCUGAUGGGGAUGAUGGACGACAUGCUGGAGAAGGCUGGAGUGGAUGAGCAGAGCGAGGAGCUGGCUGAGCUUUCACAACUGGAGGGUCUGCUCGAGCUCGUGAAGGUCGAGCAAAAUAUCUACAACAUCGUCUUCCACGAACUGAUCAGGCAGGUGAGCGUGGGCUGUGCCGAGAGAGGACAGCUGCUCGCCAAACUCAGACAGCGCUACCAGUCGCUGCUGGAUCGAGUCCCGCGGCGCCUGAAGGCUCUGCACACCGAGGUGGUGGCGCAGCGGGCUCUGGAUCGUCGGCUCACAGAGGAGAUCCACCACAUCAAGUUAACCAUUCAGCAGCUUAGCAUGGAACUUUCUAAAAUCCGGGACCACGAUGCUUUUGUUUCCCACCAGGCGGAGCACGCUCACUGGCAGCUAGCCGAGGCACUCAAACAGACUCGCACCGACUCAAAGUUAGUGAUCAGUGUGAAGAAGCUGCAUCUGGUUAGUCAGCUGCAUAUCAGUGAGCAGAGCUGGUUCAAGACCGCAGAGCACUGCAUCCUGUUCCUCACAUCUAAGGACACAGAGUGCAUUAACAUCAUCAUGGAGAGCACAGACUACUGGAGGAAGCAGCUGGCUGCUUUCAUGGCCCAGCUGAAGCAGACUGAACACGCCCACUGUGCACAGAUCAGUGCCAUCCAGCAAGGCAUCAACAAGUGGCUUUCCUUCUGCUCCUCAGAUAAUAAGCUUCCUGAACCCAAAUAUGACAAAACAUCAGUGGAAGAGAUUCAUGCCGAUUUGCAGCAGUGGUCAAAUAUGUUAGCACUGCUGUGUGAACACUACCAAGGCGAGAAACAGCUGAACUGCCAGCAGACACUUGGUGAACUUGGUGAUAUCCAGGAAAGAUGGCUGAAUAUGAGCCUGCAGCUCUUUAGUAGACACCCUUCAGCUGACGGGGGACCUCCUGAAGGCCAGCACGCCCAGACAGAACUGGACAACGAGCUGUGCGAGCUCCUCAGAGAGCUGGACGUUCAAGUGAAUGGAGACAAUGGGCUCCAUGGAAAUGUGAUGUCACUGCUCGGUCUGAUGGAGUCAUGGGGAUCCAAACUUGCCACGGUGAUUGAAGAUCCCGAAAAGAUGGCCGUCUCUGAUUGGUUAGAGCUGGAGAGAGCGCUGCACAGCUGGAAGAGUUUGGCUGACGAAGCUUUUCGGCACUUCUCCAACAAAACGGACAAUAAACCGGAUACUUCCGCAGAGGCAGAAAAGCUGUUUGACAAAAUCCAGGCGUUUGUAACCAACCUGUCGGACUUCACUGAGGGGGAGAACUUUAGGCUCCAUGAAGAAAUCAGAUCUGUUCACGUGGCUCAGACUCGGUGGAUGUUGGAGCUCUUACUCCUUGUGGUUCCCAACCACAGCGAGGAGGAAAACCAAGAAGAAGAACCCCACCGGUACAUUCCAGAAAUUUCACAGGAAACUCUGGAUGAGGAUGCGCAGAUGCUGGCUGAGAAGCUGGAUCGCUUGUCCAGCUACAUCACCAGUUCGUGCAGCCUGGUCCUGGAGGAGCAGGUUCACCUGAACACGCUGUCAGCUCAGGCUCAGAAUGACAUGAACGAGUUCAAAAAGCUGCAGAGGGAGUGUGGUGAUUGGGUGGAGACCUGCAGGAUACUGCUCACAGGUGUUAAAGGUGCUCCCGUGGAGCUGCCCGUCACGCCGCCUGCACCCGUUUCCAGCAGUGGCGUCUCGGACUGUCCAGCAGACGGUGCGGAGGCUGUGGUGAGGAUCCAACUCGAAAGCCCUGUGCUGAAUCUCAUCAAUUAUGAUGGAAACGUUGCACAAAGGAAGCUUGGAGCGCGCAGUGUCCAGCUAGAAAGGACGGGCGAGCUGGUCGUGUCUCCAGUGACAGACGAUAACCAGAAAGCUUUCAAGGAUCUGACCACAGUAGGAUUACUGCAGCAAGAACUGCAUGAUUCUGAGGUGCGAGCGCAGAUUGCGGAGAAGCGAGCCCUCGAAGCCGAGGAGGCUCUGCAGGAAGCACUGAAGAAGAUUAAAGACCUGGAGAGACAACUGCAGGGUCGCCCCAGCGUGGAGCCCCCCAGUACUGAAGAAAAAAAGAAAACGCCGCCACCUUCACCGCAACCAGAAACGACACCAACUCCUCGGAAGAAAACGGCAACCGCAGUCAAACCAACGAGCAGCAGCAGAAAGACCAAGAAAUGAUGAUCGGACGUCUCUGUUUAUUUUAACCAGCGUUAAAUACUUUUUUGGUUUACAUGUGAACAGGAGGGAACAUAAAAACAUCACUGACCAUC